AUGUCGAAGACACCACCUGUAAGCUUCCCAGCGCCACCCAACUACAUCCCAGAACCACCAUCUGUUCGCGGACAGAAGCGUCCUCAUGUAGCUUCUGGGGCCUCGCAGAGGGGCCAGGAUGUGCGCACAAGUAGGUUCCAGGACGGGCUUGAUUUCACCUGGGCACCGCGCCCGCCGCCCGAGGAUGUGUACGAUCGACUGGAGGAGUACUUCCCCGAACACGACCUCGAUAGGCCCGUCAUUGACGUGUCGUCGGGUGGAUCAUCUCCAACGUCUGCUGAGAACCCGGCGGUCGUGUCGCACAAGUACAGGCACAAGCGGUCGAUCCGGCAUGUGGCUGAAGAGCACAAGAAGACGGCUUCGCGCAUGGAGUUCCAAGCUCCACUGAGGAAGAGGAACACCAAGUUGUGGGGCAGCAAGUUGGAAGAGGUCACGACGCAACAGGCGAGGGCUGAGUUGUCGUCAGUUACUCAGGACUCCUCUCCUGGGGGCGCAGCCAAACCGAUCUUCCGAUGGGUCCGUGGAGAGCUGAUCGGCAAAGGUACUUAUGGCAAAGUCUACCUCGCCCUCAAUGCGACCACGGGCGAGAUGAUUGCCGUCAAACAAGUGGAGAUGCCCCGUACUGCCAGCGACAAGAGCGACACGCGGCAGGUCACUGUGGUUGAAGCCCUCAAACUAGAGAGCGAGACGCUCAAGGACCUGGAUCACCCCAACAUUGUACAAUACCUUGGUUUCGAGGAGACUCCUACAUUCCUUAGCAUUUUCUUGGAAUAUGUUCCUGGUGGUUCCAUCGCGAGCUGUUUGCGCAAGCACGGCAAGUUCGACGACGAGGUAUCGAAAUCCUUUACAGGACAAAUUCUGGACGGUCUGGAAUAUCUCCAUAAGAGAGGUAUCCUUCAUCGGGACCUCAAAGCAGACAAUAUUUUGGUGGAAACAUCUGGCGUCUGCAAAAUAUCCGACUUCGGUAUUUCUAAGCGGACGGACGACAUCAAUAUGGCUGAGGCAUACACGUCGAUGCAAGGCACCGUGUUCUGGAUGGCUCCCGAGGUCAUCAAUUCACAGCAGAGAGGGUACAACUCCAAGAUCGACAUUUGGAGUGUCGGCUGUGUCGUCUACGAGAUGUGGACGGGUCAGCGACCAUGGAGCGGGCAGGAAGCAAUGGCUGUUCUGCUCCACUUGUAUCAAACGAAACAAGGUCCACCUUUACCUUCAGAUGUACAGCUGUCGUCCCUUGCCGACGAUUUCCGACAGAGAUGUUUUGCGAUGGAUCCUGACGAGCGGCCAACCGCCGCUGUACUACGCCUACAUCCGUAUCUCGAGCUCCAGCCGGGCUGGACUUUCACUGGUUUCAAAUGA